ACCGGUACGGCGCGGUGGCUGCCCGGCGAGCGCCAUUUUUGCCUCAGUCCUGUUAUACGCGUGUAGUGAGUUGCACGUUUCCAUCGCGCCUUUCGCGGUACACCGUUACGAUCGUGAUUGAAAACAUUAUGUACUCAAAUAGUGUUUGGAUUUAAUCGCACCUCAUCUAAACGUCGUUGAAACGACAAAACACGAGUGUUAAUGCGAAAAUUCGCGACAGUAGAAGUCGUUAAAAAGUUGUGUUGCAAUUUUCCGUCUCGGACACCUUCGAAAAGUUCGUUGUGUUAGCAUCGUGUGAUCUGCGAAACGUCUGUGUUCUACGUAAAUAGUGAUAUUUUUUGUAAAUUCGCAUCCAAUUGGAUUCUUGUUGGAGCCGUUAUACGUUGGUUUAUCUUUUCCGGCCAGUUUGUGAUCGCAGCAAUUUUCAGAGGGUGACAGUGAUGGCUUCGUAACGGUCGCGGAAACUUGUCCACCGGUCCCGGGUUCCAGACCCGCUGCUGCGGCUUUGCAAAGUUGGGUUCGCGCUGACUCCGCUAUGGAUUCGGAGAGCCGCAGCGAGUCGGCUCUGAACAGCCCGACGGAACCGGAUGUGUCGCUCGCGGCUUCCCUCACGGACCCCCUCGAGGCUCACACUUUAGACGAGGCCAGGAGAACCAUCAGGGACCUAAGGAUGAAAUAUCGCGCUCAAGCACACCAAUUACUGACAUGGCGACGCGCGCAUCGUACCCAAGAGGAACUGGUGACCCGCCUGCAGCGAGAGAAGGCGGAGCAGCUAAAGUCCCUCUCCAGUCAAUUAUUGCUUUUCGAAUCACGUCUUGUCCGCAAACAGAAGGAGAUCACCACCAUGCUAGCUCUAAGAGAAAGCAUCAUAAUGAAACAGCAGAAAGUUAUAGAGUCGCUGCAAGCAAAACUACUCGACAAUGGGAUAGAGACUACUCAAUCCAUCCCAGACUUCCGAGACCUGCUACAGGAUACUCACAUCACGGGAGACUUCGAUUCUCUCAAUGAUUCCGACUCUGCUGUGAUCAUGGAAGACGUGGACUCUGAUUGCAGCAACCUUCCGCAUAUACCGAGAUUCAGAUCUGUCAACCCCGAAAGCGUCACAAUAGUUAGGUCAAUAUCAGAUGCCAUCGAUCCAAAUCUUAAAUAUAGUGUCGUCAGACGUUCCAAUGGUUUCUUGCGGAGGCCAGAGAUAUUGGAGACGGUAUACAGCGUUGAAGAGGAAGCCGAUGGUGACUCCACGAAAGGUUUAAGUGCUCAGAGCAGUACAGAAAAAGAACUUAAAGACGCCAACAAAACCGACGAAGAGAAAUGCAAAGAGACUACUCUACUUGCUCAAAGACGUGACAAUUUCCGGAUGAGAAGCGUCGUGUUAACUGCUGAAGUGAAAAGCAUUGAUAACGAUAAAGACCAGAAGGCGAAAUGUAGUAAGGAUUUGUGGUCAUACAGUUACGUGCCAAAAAGGAUGACGCCUGCCAACGACUCUGAAGAGGAAGUGACGUCAAACGCCGAAAGCGACGAAGGCGAACCUGAACAGAGAUCAAAUCAUGUAGUGACCUAUAAUAGAGUCAUGUCCAACCAUAGAAAUGUUACAAAGCCAAAAGAUGUUAAGUAUAAGAGGAUAAACAAAGCGAAAUCCAAGAGCUUAGAAGAAUUGCGGGGAAGGUUAAAGAAUUGGGUCGAAAAGGGUAGCAAGCUGUCGAACAUACCACUUGAACAUGCUCAGAGUUACGCCUGAACUACUUGGAACAGUUCCUUUAAUUAAUGCUAUGUGUACAAGAGAAGUAUAAAUCUUCGCGGUCUCAUGGCACACUGUGAGAAAUGCGAAGUUCCUUUGAAUUAAUGCAAAGUAUUCAGAGUCACGCAUCACGGAGGAAUCACACGACCGUAGUUUAAAAUUUUAGCCUAAUAAGGUUGUACCUAAUAGCUUUACAUGAACGAGGCAUACUUAUUAUUGAUAUUCUAUUCUUGAUACUUAAAUCUAUUGUAAAUAGUUUUCUUAUACGCAUUGAUUUGAUUACGAUCAUUAUAGAAUAAGUUUAUUAAUGAUCCAAUUGCUAAUUUUCCUAGGUUUCUAUUGAUUUUUAUACCUAUUUAGUUUGACAAUGUCUGAAAAAUAUUCCGAUAUACGUAAAAUGUUAGGGAAUUGUUUGUUAGAAUAUUUAAAUACUGAAUCAAUGGAAACCUGUGGAAAAAUCAGAAGCAAAAUUUUCGCUGACUGACUUUGCCUAUUUUUUCUAAGACAAAAAUUUUUAAGUAAAAAAAAAUACGUAUAUUUUGAAUCACUAAAAAUAUCGGAAUUGAAAAUGUUGUUAUUCUGUAAUUUAAAAACUGUUUGUUUUCUCAGAUUUUGUAGAUAUUUAGAAAAAGGCUAUUAUAUUUUACCUGUUUUUAAUAUUUCCGUUUCAAACUCGAUAAUGGUAAUUUAGAUAUAUUAAUUAUAAUAAAACAAUAUCAGUGCCAAUCUUAUUAAAGUAACCUAACAUUUUUUAACUUAAUAACUAUAAGUAGUACCUACUCUUUCUAAAUAUACAGGAUGUUGAUUGUAACAUAUUUUAAAAUAAUGUUUGUCACAAAUGCAUACAUUUUCAUGAGCCAUAUUAAUUUUAAUAUUAGGUAUUCAUUAUAAAUUUCAUCUCGGAUUUCACAUUUCAUUAACUUUCUCAAGAUUGCGUGUACUUAUCACAGUCCUCGAGAAAAUGAUAACAAUUUCAAUCUCCCACAAUGACUGAGGAUUCCGAAUAAUUAAGAGGGAAGAUCUUUUCGUAUUUUGGAAGAUUUUUGAGAUGACAUAAUAAAUGAUUUAGUGAGCUACCACAAUCUUAUAAUGAUUCUGAAUAGAUAAUCAAUUAUAUUUUGUAUAAUUUAUGGGAGAAUAAUGAUAAUUAGUUUUUCUUAAUAAAUAUGGCGUUGAUUAUUAUCGAAAUUGGUGAUUGAAAGUUAAGUAUUGAAUCUAACCAUAUUGUGAAUUUCGAUCAUUGGUAUUUUAUAUGUAAACAGUUUUGUGAUUAUGUUAAAUUGAUUAGUUUAAUUUGUUCUCUACAACAUCCUGUAUAAGUAGUAAAACAUAUCAUUUUCAGCUGUAUACAGUGAAAGGCUUGACGAACUAUAUUUUACCAUAUAAAAAUCAUAUAUUAUUAUGUACGUUCAUUCCUAAUAGUCAAUACACAGUUAAUUCGAUC